UGGGAGAAAAGGCUUCCCAUAGCGUUUCUACAGAAUUGGCACUUUUACAUCAUUCUUCAGAGAGAUUCCCCAGGUUUUCCAUGGAUCUUUGGGAGACACAACCGGCAUCUGUUCCCAUAUGUCUGACGAAAUGGACGUGCCAAGAAAGCUUACUAUUAAAAUAUAAUAGCCUUUAAGGUGCCUCCACGUUUUGGUCUUGUUUAAUUUCGUUUCUUUGGAUUUUGCCUGAUCUACUUUAGCGGACUAACACGGCGACCUCUUCCAAAACUGAUAAACCAAGUCAUCUCAGGUCGACAGGAUAAGCAUCCAGACAGGAGAAAUAGCAUCUGUAUACUUCCUAUGCAUUUCCACCCAAGAAAGGUAGCCUCAGAAAACAGGAUUCGGCCAGACUCUAGCCUACAACAUAAAUACUACAACUCCCGACAGGCAACGGGAGCGCGAGGGAGCAAGCAAAGUAUGCUGGGAAAUGUUGGCUCGGCUUCUUCAAGCAAGGAAGGGUCUUGCAUCGCGGAAGUUGUGGAGCGGGUCGUUUGUAACUUCAAAACCGGGGAAAGGAGCUUUCUAUAUAUCCCAGUGCCAAGCCUUCUUGCUGGUGUGUGAUUGAUUAUCAGAAAUGAAGGAAGACGAUCGCAUUCUGGAUUCAGUCUAAUGAGACCUGCAGAAAUGACAAAGAUGCUUCACCUAAGACGUUUCUACCCAUUUGCCCUGAGGUGUUGCCGGUGCCAAACUUGGAGCGGCAACGACUUCUUGUUGAACCAGCUACAUGAGUGCACAGAUGAAGAUCAAGUUUUUGACCUUGUUGGGAAGAACAAAACAAAUCUAUCUGAAAAACAUGUGGGCAUGGCAAUUGACAUUCUUUAUCAGUUUCAAAAGAAGAAACCUGUUGUCAUGAGGAGAACUGAGUAUAUAAAAAAUCACUCCCAGUUUCUUACUCUUUCCAUUUUAGCCGAAAACAAGAUUGCACAGAUGGAUGAUCAAACAUUAGUGGACAUGCUCUAUAAUCUAUUAAGGCUCAACGUUGAGGACCAUGCUUCGCUGAUAGAGCAGCUGGUCAUGGAACUCUGGAGACGAUUAGAUGGACUCAGCCUUCCUGCACUGUCUAAAUUUGCACUCAGUCUAAAUAAACAAGAAUUACAUAGAAGUUCUCUUGUAGGUCGUAUAGCUGACAUUGUAAAUAGGAACUUGGAUUCUAUAGACGAUAUAAGAAUUUUCUCCAUACUGAUGGUCAACAUAUCCAGUGUUAUUUCAUUGAAUCUCCGGGAUCGGUUAAUACAGAAGGCAAUGUUUCUUUUGGAGAUCCACGGAAUCGUUCACUUGAACCAUGCCAGGCGAUUUGUACAAUUCCUCUGCAAUGUCAGACUAUUACAUCGGCCAUUGCUGGAUAAAUGUAAUAAAGUUUUUCUCCAGAAUGCAGACAAGCUACAUGUUAAUGAUAUAGUUAUCAUCCUUCAACUUUACCAGAGUCUACAAUUCACCAGCACUGAAUUUAAAUUAAUUGUUAAACAGAAAAUGAUGGAGCAGAUGAAUGAUUGCUAUGAUCCUGUGAGCUUCACAAAGCUAUUUGAAUCUUUUGCACCCAUAGCAGGACCAGAGGUUAGAGAACAGUUAAUUGAAACUGCUAUACUUGUAGCAGAUGAGCUUGAACACUGGCAAAUAUUAAACAUCAUGGAAGCUAUGCAAGCAAUGGGAUACAAAAAUUCUCAGCUAAUUAAAAAGAUUGCUUCCCUCCUUCACAAACAUUUGGAUUUGUAUAAACCAUCUGAACUGGCCAGAGUGACAUAUAUUAUAACUACCCUACAUUUUCCCUAUCGUGACCUGUACUCCAAAUUACAACAGUUGCUAAUUGGCUAUUUGCAAGUUAGCGUCAGAGUGGCUGAGACUGCUCUGCUGAUCCACGCUCUGGCCAUGGUUCCUUCUUCUUCCAUGGAUGAUGUUGUUGUCGCUCGGAUCAGUGCCAUCUUCCCUCAGUGCAACCUGCUUCGCUUGUGUUCCUUAACUGCAGCUGUCAUGAAAUGGGCUCAGCGUGAUCGGUCAAACAAGCUAGUCUCUUCUGGGUCAUAUGGGAAACUGUUGCAAGAAAUUAAUAGUUAUGCCUUGGAGAAACUUCAGAAAGCCAACAAUCUGGAUCUUCUUUUAGAAGACCUCAGAUUUCCAUCUGGAGAGUGGUUUAAUGAAAAUCUUUUUCCGGAAGUUGCGGUUGUUUUCCAGCGCUUGGUAGACCAGAUUACAUGGGAAAAUGUGUUGCAACUUUCUCAUCACUUGCUCAGAUCUCAAUACCUGUGUACUCAAGUACUUGAUGGAAUUGCUACUGUUACCAUUAAUCAACCAGAUAAGGUUUUUGCUUCAGGAGUUUACUCUAUUCUCCAUCCCUUUGCUAUUCUAAAUUAUGAUCCUCCCCAAGGCGAGGAGUUUUUUGAGGCUUGCAUUGGACACAUCAACCAUCAUUUGGAUAGUUUCGAGCCACAUAUUAUUGUAUUGAUGAGCCUGGAUUUGGCGAUUACUGGGCGUUUUCCAGAGACCCUAAUAAAGACUAUAUUUAAUGUUGAGUUCCUAGCCAGACUGGACAAUCAGCUUGAAAUGGUAUCAGAUUCCAUAAACAAGAAGAUGCGCUUUGACCUGAUGGAGCUGAACAGAGCCGUCUGCCUGGAGUGCCCAGAGCUUCAAAUCCCAUGGUUUCAUGAACACUACUGUCAACAGCUACAGAACAACAGUAGCGGUAGCUCUGGUGCCUUGCGACAGCAGAUUAACAGGUUGCUGGUUGAAGCCUUGGGAGGAGCUAAUUUUGCCAGGAUGUCCGUAGUUACCCCUUACUACUAUAGAUUUGACUUUGAGUGUAUUCUUGAUAAAAACAAGAGGCCUCUUCCAUAUGUGCACCAUGGUGGUGUCAUGGCUAACUUAGAAAGAGUGCAUUGGAGCCACAAUGGGCAAGUUUUGGAAAAGAAAGGGCUACCACCAGGAGCUCAGAGAAUUGCCAUUGAAUUUCUUGAUUCAGAAAACUUUUGCAAAAAUUCAACUCAUCCAAGGGGAAAAACUGUUAUGAGAAAGCGACAUUUGGAGAUUCUAGGUUACCACGUUGUACAGAUUCCUCAUUUUGAAUGGAAUUCCAUGGAACUGUCAUCAAAGAAUGCAUGGAUAGAAUACCUAAAGGCGAAAAUAUUUUCAUAGCUCUGAUCUCUUCGAAUGGGAAGGACGUACACUCUUGAAGCAAUUUUAUAUGGACAAUUAAUUAUCAUGUAUUAUUAAAUAUUUUCAAACAUA